CCAGCAUUGUUAUCCAGAUCUCGCAUUCUGAGUAUUAGGGUAGAAAUGCAGACUUCGCUCAGGAGUUAUUUUGAGAGCUGUGAUUUCAGAGCUGCCCCUGCCUGUCACUCAUCACCCAAAAAAGGCACUUUGUGGGCAAUUUAAAAGAGUCCAGAAACCUCUACACACGCCACAACCUCCUAGCCUUAGAGAGAGCAAGUCCGCCUAACUGUUAAUUGUCUGGUUGGUACAAUGCCACACCUGGGUGGUGGUGCCAAAUGUGCUGCAUGUGAGAAGACCGUCUACCAUGCUGAGGAAAUUCAAUGUAACGGGAGAAGCUUCCACAAACCCUGUUUUAUCUGCAUGGCCUGCAGGAAGGCCCUGGAUAGCACCACUGUAGCUGCCCACGAGUCUGAAAUUUACUGCAAGUCUUGCUAUGGAAGGAAGUAUGGACCCAAAGGCUAUGGUCACGGACAAGGUGCUGGGUGUCUGAGCACAGACACAGGAGAACGUUUUGGCAUAGAAGUGGCACAAUCACUCCCAGCUCGUAGCUCGCCCACAACCACGCACACUUCUAAGUUUUCACAAAAGUUUGGUGCCACAGAAAUAUGCCCCAGAUGUGGUAAAGCUGUCUAUGCUGCGGAGAAAGUGAUGGGUGGCGGGUUGCCUUGGCAUAAAACGUGCUUCCGAUGUGCUUUUUGCGGUAAGAGUCUCGAUUCCACGACGGUGACAGAGAAGGACGGAGAGAUUUACUGUAAAGUUUGUUACGCUAAAAACUUUGGUCCGAAAGGGAUUGGUUUUGGAGGCCUGACGCAAGUGGAACAGAAAGAAGCAUAAUAUGAAUGGCUGCACUGGAGGCUCCCCUUUUUGAAGUAGUUAUCAAUGAUUACCUCUCCUGGAUGCACAGCUUUCAGUAUAAACAAACCGACCACGUUUUCUUCAUUACGGAGAAUCUACCACAGAGUUGGAAAUACAAUGAAUAUGGAUUCCGGGCAGAAUAGUGCAUGUUCCCCUCCCUCCGAAUUCAGUAUCCACUGAAUGGGUUCAUCUUAAAUCAGAGGGUGCAGAAUGGGGAACAGUUUGCUGGGGACAAACGUGACAAUGUGUUCGACGUCCCACGUUACAGAGUGACGGAUUACGUAAAUCAAGGGCAAACAGAAUGUGUUUUAGGAUGACAACCUAAUAAAAUAUAGA